GUCUACAGCCUCCAAACAAUUGCCACAGUUUGAAAACAAGUCCCAGACCGCAACAAAAUUUGCGUUGCCCGCGGUUUUUUGCUUCACGAAGAGUUCGGGAAAAAAAAAUGAGAAACUGUUUUCCGGCCGGUUAAGUGAAGAUGAUGAAAAUUGGUGUGGCCAUGUCUGACCGGGCUCUGUCGGAGUACAUCCUGUGCGGCUUGCACCUGGUGAGUGACACCUGCGGCAUCGCGGUGGCUCUGCGUGUUCAAGACCUUCAAGACAACCUCACCAGCCUCGUGUUCAACAGUAAAUGUGAUGCCGGCUUGAAGCCCCUAUUCCCCGGCCCCGUUGCCACCUUGGACUCAGUGGACCUGAUGCCAGCCGCGCCGAGUACCGUCGCACUCGUUUCUCUCCUGGUAUUCUUGCUCCCAGUGUUUAUUGUCCUAGUUAAGAGAUUAAUGAGGUGUAAAAAAUAAAGAACUUUUCAUUACUGAACAUAUGCCUACAUAUUUAUUUAAGUCUUGAAAUGAAUGAUAAGGCAGCUGAGCUGUCAGCUAGUUGAGAGGACUGCAAGUACGAGUCAUCUGUGUUUAAAAGCAUGCCCUUUUUUCUGAGCAGCUAUAUUACGUAAUGUGUUGUUAGAACUUCAUGUCAGUGUGAAGUAAAAGAAAGUGUGUACCCAACCAGAGCUUUAUGUAACCCAGAUAUGAUAUAAGAGGAAUGGGGGAAU